ACUACACACUACCAGCACACUCUUCUCUCCAAGGUGCUGUUGUUGUGGAGGGAGGUCACUGCUCAUAGAGUGUACUCUCAUCACCAACAAGAACAGACUGUGAAGGGAGCACAGGCUCACCUGCAACGAGUGAAGUUACAGCAGGCAUUUAAGCAAUGGAGGGAGCGAAGCAGUCAGGUAUCAGAGGAGAGACUGGGCAUGGAAAAGGCCAGACAGAAUCACCACAGGGUUCUCCUCCGAAGCAGCCUGAGGGCCUGGCACCUGCAACACUGCCAGCACAAACACAAAAAGGCAAUGAAAGGUCAGGCUGACGGGUUUCAAGAACGUAAGAUCUGCCUGCACCAUUUCACCUUUUGGAAAAGACAGCUGAUACUCAGGCGGGAUGAUGCAGAACAUACAGAGGUGGCUCUCUGGCAUUGGUCGCUCAGCUUGCAGGCCAAGGUAAUGGAGGCUUGGAGAGGUUGGAUCGUGGAGAGGCGCCAGAUGCGAGACCGGCUGGCCCAUGCGGCCCAGUUCCAUCGGGACCAGUUAUUAAGGGAGGGUGUAGCACAUAUCCUGACCUACACUGCAGACAUGGGCAGCUUUCGUGUCAGCCUGGCACUGCAGACUCAGGAGCAGAGCGCCCGUCGACUUCAGAGUGUUGUAAGGCAUUGUGCCAUGCGAUGGAAGCAGCAGGCUCUGUGUAAGCCAGACGGCUGCAGGAGCAGGCACCACAAGAAGAGUGUCAUCUCCUGUCUGCCAGUGCCUGAUUCAGCAUCAGAGAGCACUAGCAAGGACACCUCAACGGGGCAUGCUCUUGAGCAAGGGCCAAGAGACUGUACCUCCAAUGAGUGGGUUUUUGUGCGUGCAUCCAGUCUGCAGCCACGGAUACCUGACCACCUUUUAAACUCCUUGGAUACAGAGGUGGCACCGAGGCCCACACCAAGCAGUACCCAGCUGCUACCCUCCCAUCCUAUCUGUACAUCUGAUAGGGAUGGAAAAGGCCAGGCCUCCCCCCUAGACCAGCCAUUAUUUCAAACAACUUCCACCAUACAAGAAACGCCACCUGUUGGACAGACUGGCUGCUGGCAUGAGCCCCCUGACCAGGAAUUGUUGCCCCCUUCCUCCUUCAUGACUACUGGAGUAACAACGCACAGCUCCCAAAGGGAAGUGAACCAGCCCAACAAGAAACUCAACAACAGCCAGCCGCCUGUUCCCACAGGUGGUGUUUGUGAGGGAAGCAAUAAGGACAAAGUGGAGGAGAUGGGGAUGAAUGUGAUGGACCCACAGCCCAGUCCUUACUCAACCUUUGCCCUUACCAAAGAGCUGCUCAGGGUUCGACAGGAGAUGCAUCGUUUUCAGCAGGAGAAGAAGCAGCUCCAGUCAUGGCGUAGACUUGCAGAGGUGUUAAGAAGCUGGCUACACACAAAUGCGAAUCUGGCAGAGACAGAGUGCCAUACAACUAGACUUGAACUGGAGGAGCUGGAGGCCCGGAUAAGCAGGUUGGCGAAACAGCUGGAAGAGGAGAAACCAGUCAUGCGGCAAUACGCUACCAUGAUUAAAAACAUUGCCAGCAGGCUUAGGGAUACAGAUCUCUGAAGAGAGGGAACUUGAGUGCUUCUAUCAUGCAUGUGGGACCCUAAGAUUUAAACUGCUGUGAUGCAACUUGAGCAAGACUACAACAGCUCUUCGA